AAAAAGGUUAUAUCAUCUGUCGAGUACCUUCUGGCUUCCCGGGAACAACAAGGUGCUGAUGAGACUUGGCGUUUUUGUCGUAUCGUAUUGAUAGGCGUCACUUGGUAUCUCUACUCCAAUGGCGAACUACAAGUCGCUCGCCGAACUUGGUCACAUAAUCCAGUCCCUCGCCACCUCGUUAGACGAGUCGCUUAAGGAUGCUCGAUUGCCACAACCGCUCCUUUCUCCUCAGGGUGCCUCGUCCCAGAUACUUGCAUAUCCCGAUGCCGCACAGGCGCAACGCGCCGAGCUCCUCGACGCUCUAGACGAGCUACGGGCGUUGGUCCUGGGACCUACCUCGUAUCUCUUUUAUACCAGCAUCCUCAGCCCUUCCUGGAUUGGAGUGUUCGACGUACUUUACAGGUGUCGCAUCGCAUAUCACGUUCCAGCCGAGGGCGCAAUAUCCUACGCUGACCUGUCAGCGCUCUGCGGUCUAGAGGAGUCCGAUACGAGGCGCAUUGUGCGGGCUGCUAUAUCGCUGCGUAUCUUCGAAGAGGAGCCGGUCGAAUUCGUAAGGCACAACGCAAUUUCUGCGGUAUUGAAAACACCCCUAGCUCAUGACGCUGUCGGAUUCUUCACCGAAGAGUUCACACCGGCAGCGCUGAAGCUGGCGGAGUCGUUGCAACGCUUCCCCGCCUCGGGUAAAGCAGGGGAAUCCGCUAUUGCGAUUGCUAACGGCAGCGUUGGAGACAAGGACAUCUUUUCGCUUAUCUCGCAUGAUGCGGAUCGGGUUAAGAGAUUUGCUAAUGCCCAGUCCUUUAAUACCACUGUGCUUGAAACCUCCUCGAGCCACCUUGUGAACAACAUGCCCUGGUCGCCGACGUGCCAUCCGGGACACCGCGAGUGUGCCACUCUCGUCGUCGAUGUGGGCGGCUCCCGCGGAGACGUCUGCGAGGCCUUGCUCAGCAAGUACCCUGGCAUCAAGAAGGCAAUAGUUCAGGACCUACCGGAAGUGACGGAGAAGAAUCUCGAGCGUCAAGUAUCCGGGCCACUCACGGGGCGCAUCGAGUAUCAGGCUUACGAUUUCUUUACCGAGCAGCCAGUGAAAAAUGCGGACGUGUACAUCUUCAGGACGGUCCUUCACGAUUGGCCAGACAGCUACGCCGUCCGGAUCCUGCAGAACCAGAUACCAGCCCUCAAACCGGGAGCUCGGAUCCUUAUUAACGAUAUAUGCAUCCACUACACCGAGGGAGAGACGAGUUCCAUCAUCAAGCAAGCACAAUGUUCACAUGACAUUUUCGUAAAGAUGGGCCUGAACGCGAAGGAGAGGACGAGAGAGGAUUGGACGGCACUCCUGUCAGCGGCAGACGAGCGCUUCGAGAUCAAGUCCAUCGUCACGCCUCCUCAGUCCGUUCAUUCUAUCCUCGAGGUCGUUUGGAGAGGUGAUCUGGUCAAGGAAGGGCCAGGCCCCCUCCCUUAGUUUCAAGGCUAUACAACACCAACUCCGUGACGUUCAUCCCUACCCACAUAGCAUAGUGUUAUCAUGUGCAGCGAUGCAUAUUAGUGCCGCGUUUAGACUAGACGGAAUGGUUAGCAUCGCA